AUGGAUAGCAGCUGCAGCAGCUGGCUCCAUGGCUACAUCAACAACGCCGGCAACAACGGCUUCAUGUGCGGAUACGCUGCCGGCAGCUGCACCCAUGCCGAGCUGCAGUACAGGGAGGAGGAGGAAGAGGAGCAGUUCCUCAGCAGCUCGCAGCAGAUUCAGCACCACCUGAACCAGAUCAGCAUGCGCAUGAACAUGGACGACGACGAGGCGUCGGUCUACGACGUGCCUUCCAGCGAUGGCGGCGGAGUUUUCCCGCCCAUGGGCGUGCACAACCACCCGAUCGGCGUCGAUGGCGGCCAUGGCCUCCUGAUCGACCCGCGCCACGCCGGCAGCUUCCCGUCCUCGUCCUCGUCCUCCUCGCUCUCGCUGCCCUCCGCGUCGCUCUCCUGCAGCCCCGAGAGCUCGGCGCACGUCCUCGGCACGCCGGCAGCGGCGGCGACUACCGCCUGCAGCCAGUACCUGGAGGUGUCCUCUCAGGUGCCGUUGCCACCCGCGGUGUCCUACGACCGCCACCAGUACGCUACCAACCUCCACGUCCCGGCGGCGGCAAUGGCGUUCAAGCGCUACGCGCGGCACCUCAGCCCCAAGAGGCCGCCCAAGCCGGGCGAGUGUGGCCAGAGGAUGUUCAAGACGGCCAUGUCGGUGCUGUCCAAGAUGCACGCGGCGGCGAGGUACAGCGCCCAGCAGCAGUACUACUACCAGCAGGCGGCGGCCGCCGAGGCGGCGGCGCCGCCGCCGUCGGUGAACCAGCUGCAGCACAUGUUCUCCGAGCGCAAGCGGCGGGAGAAGCUGAACGACAGCUUCCACGCCCUAAAGGCCGUCCUUCCCCCCGGCGCCAAGAAGGACAAGACUUCGAUACUGAUCAGGGCAAGGGAGUACUUGCGAUCUCUCCAGUCCAAGGUGGCCGAGCUCGAGGAGAAGAACAGGUUGCUCGAGUCUCGGCUGGCCCGCGGAGACGACAGCAGCGACGACGGCUCCCGCAAAGACGCCGCCGACUCCGGCGACGAGAAGGUGCAGGUCGAGAUAACCAAGGAGGCCAAGGAUGUGCGGGCGGCGGCGGCGGCGGGUGAGCCGCGCGAUGACCUCUGCACGCUGAAGAUCGCGGUGAGCUCGCCAUGCAACAUGACGGACGUGGCGGUUCGGACGCUGCAGUGCCUGAAAGAACAGAUUGGCGAUGGCGUAAGCCUGGUGGCCAUGAGCACGAGCGGGAGCGCUGAAGCGAGCACCACGUCUGCACGAGCUGACCUGACGUUGCAGAUAAGUCACUCCACUGGAAUUGCUCUAAAGGGCCGGUGCAUAUACGGCAGGAAUUAUCCCCAUUGGAGAUCGCCGCCGGGGUGGGAGGAGCAGCCGGUCAAGGACGCCGUGGCGAAGGUCGUCGCCGCCGCCGCCGCCGUGAUGAACAGCAGCAACGAACAACGCCGCCGUACCAGCCCAUGCCGCAGCUAG